AAGAGGAAAUAGAGGAGACUCGGACUUGCGAAACUGAAUUGAACUUUAAUGCUUUCAUCGCAGAUUUUGCUCACCCGGAGGUGAUCAAGAAGUAUGCCAUCUUGUUGGCAGAAUUUACGACAAAUUCAGACAACAUCAACCACUGUGUUAUCAAAAUGCUGCACCGCUUAUCUCAUGACCUUGGCUUUGUCGGUAUGCUGUUCCAGGCUUCUAUGUUUAGAACCUUCAACACCCUGUUGCAAAGUCAUUACUGUCAGUUACAAAGAUAUCAGGAAAUGACCAAAUUUGCUUGCUAUGUUGUGAGGCAGUUCACAAGUGUGGCAGCAGUCAACAAAAAGCUCUUUGUAGAUCUCCUUUUUUGGAAAUCAAAAUCUGAAGCCUUGGCGAUAGCUACUGAUUAUAACUUCCAGCAGAAAAGCAAAAAUGUUAAAGUAAUGUGGACGGAACAUGAAGAACAGGAGUUGCAGUCCUUGUUUGAAAAGUACAGGGACGUGGUACACCCUGAACUGGAUUUAUUAGAUCUGAUCAAAGGUGAAAUCACAUCAAAUCACUCAAGGCUUCAAAUACUGAAGGAGUUGAAAAGACAAGGACUUAUAAACAGUGCCAAAGAUAUCAAGAGGAAAGGCCCAAAGCUGCCUAAGUGGACAGAAGAAGAAGUGGAAAAAGUCAAGGAAGCAUUCAACAUGCACCGUGCAUCUGACUAUCCUAUUUCUGAAAUUAUGAAGACCUUGAACACCAACAAGUCAAAGCGGCUUGUCAUUGCCAAGAUUAUCGACCUGGGAUUGGUUCAAGAUAAAAAGGAGCUGUUUAAACAAAAGUCUUCCAAGAGAAGAGGCAGUGGGAAACAUUCUGACGCUGACGAUGGGGACAGGCUGUUUCCAGAGACAGGUCGCAAAA